GAGUUCGUAGCCGUCUCUGAUGUUCUUCGGAGAAUCCGAAACUGAUUCAUAAGCGAGACCACGUUAAUCCUGCGAUUGCCAGCGGGGGACCACAUGUGAUAAACGAGUUUCUUCUUUCCUGUUCUACUGCCGAUUUGAUUAUUACUCUUUCAAUCCAUAUCUCUGCCUCCCCUUCCCCACAGACGCAGCAGUAAAGACGUAUAGUUACGUACAGGCAGGCCCCGCCAUCGCUUCAGCACCCCAUCGCCGUUUUGUCUACCUAGGUAUGGAGUGUUAUGGUUUGGGGAAAAGAUGAUGGUGCAGUGCUUACAAGGAGUGAAACAUUUAUUUUCUGCUGUUGUGACUUGUUGUGAUUCUGAGAUAUACAAACAGCCCAGAGGCUUGCAAAAUCCUGAAACUCUAGCGAGAGAGACUGUGUUUAGCAUUAGUGAAAUUGAAGCUUUGUACGAAUUGUUUAAAAAGAUUAGCAGUGCUGUGAUUGAUGAUGGCUUGAUCAACAAGGAAGAGUUCCAGCUGGCACUAUUUAAGACAAACAAAAAGGAAAGUUUGUUUGCUGACAGGGUCUUUGACUUAUUUGAUACUAAGCACAACGGGAUAUUGGACUUCGAUGAGUUUGCUCGUGCUCUUUCAGUAUUUCACCCCAAUGCUCCUAUUGAUCAAAAGAUUGAUUUUUCGUUCCAAUUAUAUGAUCUCAAGCAACAAGGAUUCAUUGAAAGACAGGAGGUGAAGCAAAUGGUGGUCGCGACUUUGGCUGAAUCUGGAAUGAAUCUUUCGGAUGAUAUUAUUGAGAGCAUCAUUGACAAGACAUUUGAGGAAGCAGACACCAAAGAUGAUGGAAGGAUCGACAAAGAAGAAUGGCGUAGCCUUGUGAUGCGACAUCCAUCUCUUUUAAAGAACAUGACCCUUCAAUACCUCAAGGACAUAACAACAACUUUCCCAAGUUUUGUAUUCCAUUCUCAAGUUGAUGAUACUUAAGUCUCUGCUGCGGCCGUUGCAAUCAAGAAAGAAUGUUCGACCAAAAACUGAGUGUAAGUGAAAAUGAAAAACAUUGAUUUUUUUGCUGCUUUGGUAUUUUAGACACUCAUUUGGUGCACUUUCCUUUUAAAACAAUUGCAAGGAUAUUCAAUGUUAUUUUCUUCGACUUUUUCUGCUUUUGAGAUUAUACUUUGCGUAAAUAAAUAAAUAUUAUCGGUAUUCAUUUUACCCGAUUUAACA